UUGGAGAGAUUGCUCAGGGAGCAUCAAAAGGAGUUGCAGAAGAAACUAGAAGCCAUGCAAAAGGAAUGUGAGUCCGUUGGUGUCAAGGUGGACAAGGUUCUGGCGAUCUUGGAAAAGAAAAGCAUUCCCGAUGUAGACAUCCGGAUGAUCAAACCAGAAGAGCUGACCUACACUGAUUUCCCCAAAGUGCCCUUCAUAACAACAGAAACAUCAGAGAUGUACAGAGGAAUGUACCGUGACUUCCCGGUGGCCAUCAAGAGAUACACUGAGACUCUACAUACCAGCAUAAGCUACGUGGAGAAGAUUUUCAAGAAGGAGGUUGAAACCAUGAAGCGGUUUGAGUCGCCCAACAUCCUGCGAAUGUUUGGCAUCAGUGUGGACAAGGAGGGACCCAACCCUCAGUUCCUCGUCAUCAUGGAGUACUGUGAGAUGGGAAAUCUCCGUCAGGUUCUGGACACUAAAAGCCUCAAACUUUCCUGGACCACGAGAGCUCGUAUGUGUCGGGACGCGGCGCGAGGACUCUACAGGCUGCACCAAUCUGAAGAACAAUUUAAGGUUCAUGGAUCCAUCAACAGCAGCAAGUUCCUGGUGUCUGAAGGCUUUGUAGUCAAGCUGGGAGGCUUUGAGCUGGCAAAAACUGAGACGUCACUGAGAAAGACAACAAAGGAAAAUGCGUCCAGGUCUCUGGCCUACUCUUCUCCGCAGAUGCUCCUCGAUAUCAACCACAAGUACAGCAAAGAGUGCGAGAUUUACAGGUCAGAUACAAACCAGGAUUUUGUUACCAACAGCUUCCUUAAAGUUCAAUUAAAGAAGAAGUAA